AUGGCUUAUCCUGCAGACACAUCGGCCGUAGACGGGCUGGAGUCGCAGAUAUUCGACUUUGUGGUCGGAGGAGGAGGCACUGCUGGCCUUGUCGUUGCCAACCGUCUCUUUGAGGACUCUAAGGUCAGAGUCCUCGUCAUUGAGGCGGGCAGCAACAGCGUCAGAGAUCCUCGUAUUUCAAUCCCUGGUCUCGCUGCCAGCACCUACUUCGACCCGGAUUUCGACUGGUGCAUCACCAGUCCACCACAGGACGGAUUGAAUGGCCGCCAAAUCGCCGAGCCCCGCGGCCGCACACUGGGCGGCUCUUCGGCCAUCAACCUCGGCAUGGUGAUCUACCCCAGCAAGAAGGGCGUCGACUCGUGGGAAGAACUGGGCAAUCCGGGUUGGAACUGGGCCUCACUAUCCGAGUACCUGCGCAAAUCCGAAACGUUCACGUCCCCAAGCCCGUCCAUCCGUGACGAACUCUCGCUGGGAUAUAUCGAUGAGACGCUGCAAGGCGGCAACGGCCCUGUGCAUAUCUCAUUUGGAGACGGGCCUUAUCCCGCGUUCAGCGCCGCCUGGCCCAAGGUGUUCGAGAAUCUUAACCACCGACUGACUGGUGAUCCCAUUUCAGGGGUGUCCAAGGGAGCUUUCUGCAACCCGGCGACCAUCAACCCAAAGGACAAAAGCCGAAGCCACGCUGGCGUGGCAUACUACAAUAAGGAGGUUGCUAAGCGGCCCAAUCUGCGGGUCCUCGCCGAUGCCACUGUCGCGCGGAUCGUACUGAAGAUAGAGGCGGACGGCUCGCUCGUUGCAACUGGCGUGCAGUUCACUCCCAAGGAUGGAGUGCAGCGGACGGUCGCCGCCGCUGUGGAGGUCGUCCUUUCGGCCGGGGCCGUCAAAGCCCCCAGCUGCUGGAGCUGUCUGCACGGCAUUGAGGUUCUGGUAGACAACGCGAACGUCGGCGAGAACCUGCAAGAGCAUGGAUUCGUGCCUUUCAGCUGGGAGAUCGCAGACGGCCGGCAAUCAGGCGAAGCCCUCCGGGACCCGGCCGUGGCUCAGAUGGCCAUGGAGGCCUGGCAGCAGCAUUCGGGUGCCGGUCCUCUCGGACUCUGCCCGUUGGCGUCUGCCUACAUGACGCUUCCCUCGCUGCAGGAUGGAGAGCUGAAGGCGCUCCUCAAGCAAUACCUCGACGACGACCAGUACCCUCGGCGUCCCGGCUGUGAGGCUCAGUACCACAUCCUGCGCCAGAUGUUGGAGGAUGAGACGGAGCCCAGCGGCCAAUAUACCCUCGCCCCCUUCCAGAUCACGCCAGAAAAGGGUCCGAGCCCUAAAGGGAUCUUCGGCAUGUCUGAGCCAGAGUGCUUCGUUAGUAUUGUCUCCGUUCUGAACCGUCCCUUCUCGCGCGGCCACGUCCACCUGGCCUCCAGCGACCCCUAUGCGCCGCCCGUCUUUGACCCCAAGUUCUUCUCGCAUCCUCUUGAUCUUGAGAUCCAUGCGAGGCACACUCAGUGGCUCGAGACCCUGGCCUCGACCGAACCAAUGGCUUCUCUGAUCAAGAAACACGGUCGUCGUCUGCACAGCAGCAAACGCGUCGAUGACCUGGACACUGCACGAGAGCUAACUCGGGACCGUAUUGUGGCCCACUACCACGUCACAGGCACCACGGCCAUGGCACCGCGAGAGAGCGGUGGGGUGGUGGACGAGCGUUUGAGAGUGUAUGGCACGAAGAACUUGCGUGUUGUUGAUGCAGGCAUCAUGCCCCUGAUCCCGCGGGGCAAUAUCCAGGCAAUUGUCUUUGCUCUAGCAGAGAAGGCGGCUGAUCUGAUCAAGGAGGAUCUACGGGACUCGUCUUUCAGUAAAUUCAUAUAUAAACCUCAGCUACCUCUACGUUUAAAUAAUGCAUGUAAUACAUAG